ACCGAUAAUGGUCCCUGCUUCAUCUCAAAAGAAACUAAAGAAUACUUCGAAAAACUAAGCAUCAAACAUCAAAGAUCUACGCCUUAUCGACCUUCUUCUCAAGGACUCGUUGAAAGAGUCAAUCGAACUAUUGGUACAAGAAUUAAAAUGUUUGCACAAGGCAAUGAAAAGCAAUGGGAUGAAGAGUUACAUGAUAUUGUGUUAAGCUACAAUGCAACUCAUUUUGAAAAUUUGAAUACUUGUCCCUUCAAACUCAUCUUUAACCUAUCUCCAAGAACACCUUUAGAAAACAAGUUUGAAAUUGAAAAAGACAAACAAGAAGAUACUGAAACUAUUAUAAAAGAAAGAAAACGUGUUAAAGAUAAAUUACUCAAGCAACAAGAAGAAAGAAUUGCUAAAGCACCAAUCAAACCUAUUCCGUUUAAAGUAGGUGAUUUCGUUAGAAAAGCAGUGAAAUACUUAGACCGAAGUCUAGGAAAGAAAUUAACUCCUGUAUUCAAAGGUACCUAUGUUGUUACAAAAGUUUAUGAUUCUACUGCUGUCAUUACAGAUCCUAAAACAUUGAAAGAAUUUAAGGUUAACUUUGAAAACCUAAAGAAAAUUCAUCAUGAUUCUGAUCCUGAAAAUACUGAAGAAUCUAAUCAAUCUAACACUGAUUCUGAAAGUGAAAAAGACUAG